AUGACGCAGGCAUCUUCCCCGGUGGCUACUCCUCGCUACUGUGACAACAAGGGAAUCUUCACGUGGAUUGGAGGAUGCUCUGCUGAAUCAUUGGGCUUGAAUUGGGCCUUCAACUGGUUUGGGUACGGUUGGGUUGCAAUGUUUAGUUGGAGGUUUGAUAAGGUUGCUUUCUUUGUGUUUAAGGAGCAGAGAAUAGACCUGAAAAUGACGAAGAUAAGUCCUGGUAUCGAUGAAACAAUGCUGAAAGAAUCAAUUGUGGCAGUUUCAGCUGAUGUGAGCUUUGCUUACGAUCACUUUCCAAAGUAUAAAUUAGGACCCGACAAUCAGAUUUUGGAAGAGCCAAGAGGGGUUAACAAUGGUUCACCGCUGAAGGAGGUUGUUGAAAGGGAAACAACACAAUUAUCUGAGCAGCACAAGCGACUCUCAGUUUGUGACCUAGCUAGUAAAUUCGACAAGAACCUUGCUACUUCUGUGAAAUUGGCUGAUGAGGCCAAGCUUAGAGAGGUUGCUUCUUUGGAGGGGCAUGUUAUUUUGAAGAAACUUAGAGACGCCUUAGAGUCUCUGAGAGGUUGUAUGGCUGGAAGAAACAAGGAAGAUGUAGAGAAAGCUAUCUCUAUGGUUGAUGCAUUGGCAGUUAAAUUGACCCAAAAAGAAGGUGAACGGAUUCAAGAGAAGUUUGAAGUGAAAAAACCGGCGAAUUUCCUCAAGCAGUCCGUUCCUUUAUAUCUCCAAGCUUCUGAAGAUGCUAAAAAGUUGGUAAAUCAAGAAAAGUCUUUUUCUUUUGCUGAAAUUGAAAGUGCUAGGGCCGUAGUGCAGCGAUUUGGAGAGGCCCUUGAUGAGCAAGAAAAGAAUCCAGAAAAUUCUCAAAAAACACAGGUUAAAUUGAGCUUAUUAUGUUAG